UUUAUUACCUCUGCCGUGGGAAUGAGGUCCAAUCCAGGAAACAUUUCAUAACAGUUGAUAUUAAGAUCAUAAUCUUUUGUCGUUCUAUAUCUGCACUGCGCAGAAAACUUACAAACAAGUAACUAACCAGUUUAUAUUAUAAUUAGCAUAUUUAAGAUCGAUGUUUAAUUCCAGUGUGUAAGUAUCUACGACUACGUUAUUAUGAAACCUUGCUUAUACUGUUAAUAUUGAUAUCAUAUCAUGUGUAUUUUAUUGCAUUCUGUAUGUCUCAAGCAGCUUUUCUUUUUAUAUAGUUCGAAACUUUCUUGAGGACAAUUCACUUAAAUGUUACAACGGCUUCCUCACAUGAAUCAGAAUGCCUGACUAGUUCCGGACCCAACCGGAGGCCUCGCGUAUGGAAAAUAUUGUAUCACGUAACUAGUGUGGAACUUAGUUUCGUGUAUGACAGUCGGCUAGCCAUGGCUUUGGAACAUCUGAGUGAGCGUGACAAGGCUGUGUUGAGGAGUAUCUUCGAUCCGACAGCAACAAUCGCUGCUGAUGUAGUAGAGGAUGUCACUGACAAGUUCAUGGAAGAUGAUGACCCAGAGACUGAUGACUACAAAGAGUCAGCCGCGCUGUGCGCUGAAGGAGUGCGUCUAGCAGAGUCUGGUAAACUGCCUGAGGCUCUGGAGACGAUGACCAGAGGGGUGCAGGCAGCUCCCGAGCGAGCCGCCGCUUAUAAUGACAGGGCACAGCUGUUGCGACUCAUGCAGAAAGAUGACGAAGCCGCAGCCGACAUCAAACGCGCGUUAUCUCUGACCACCGGUAAGAAGACUCGCGCACGUGCACUGGCGCUGUGCCAGCGCGGCGUGCUCCUGCGCAAGCAAGGUGCGGACGACGACGCGCGCGCAGCCUUCACUGAAGCCGCUAAGUUAGGGAGCAGUUUUGCGAAGAAACAGGUGGUGGAAUUGAAUCCCUACGCGGCACUCUGCAACCAAAUGCUCAGUCAAGUGAUGAGAGGAGAAAAAGACAUCAAGUUAUAAUUUUAAGUUGUUUAUAAUAUGUAAAAAGGUAUGUAAAUAAAACACAGAUAAAAUCUAAUGGAUUAGAAAUUUAUAUUGUUGAGUACAAUCGACAUUCACGUUCGAGAAAAUCCAUACAAUCAACCACAGAUCACCGUUAACAGAUCUAUCGAGUGGAACACUCCCAGCGCUGGGCUACACGGUCCAAAACCCUUGAAAAUGACAAAUUUAAUACUACAAAUCGAAAUAUUGUUACUACACUAUCGAUAUUAAUGAUAGAAUAUGCAAUAAAAUCUUAUAAACCAUGAUCGCGUGCAGACGCGUCACUACAGUAGUAGCCCGCACACAACCAUCUUUUAUCCUCGCAAAAUGGAUAAAAAUUCAAAAUGUAAUAAGUAAUUAUUAAUUAAUUAUUUAACUCUAGUGAGAGGCGACGGUAGACUAACGGAAAUUAGAAAGUGCACUUUAAAUAUUAAAUAGGUCUUUUCAAACAUGGCGUUUUAGUUCAAAUUCGCGCGCUUUCCAUCUGUCACUUGCACAUGAAGUUUUCGCGCCAAUUUGAACAGACCGCAAAAAUUACUUCGAAGAGUUGUUUAGAUGUCUUCUAUGUAACUAAAUGUAUGAAAUUAACAUUUUGGCACAUGUUUUCUUAAAUAAAUAAUGAAGUUUA